AUGAUCUCCCACUGCCCUCUGGCCACCCUGCUGCCCUGGUCUGUGGGACCCAGCAACCACUGCCCAGCCCUGGACUGCUCACUACUGCAGGAGGGGGACGGAGGGGUCGCCCUGCAGAGGUACCAGGCCCGCUCCCCGGAGAGCAGCCCCCGCCACUGGAGCUCGGUGCAGGACUGGGGGGAGGAAGUCGAGGAAGGAGCGAUCUACAAUGUGACACUGAAGAGGGUUCAAAUCCAGCAGGCGGCCAACAAGGGAGCAAGAUGGCUAGGGCUGGAGGGGGAUCGUCUGCCUCCCGGCCACACGGUGAGCCAGCUGGAAACCUGCAAAAUCCGAAGUAUCCGUGCAGGAACACUGGAGCGUCUGGUGGAGACGUUAUUGACGGCGUUCGGAGACAAUGACCUCACCUACACCUCCAUCUUCCUGUCCACCUACAGAGCCUUCGCCAGCACUCAGACUGUACUGCAGCUGCUGCUGGACAGGUAUGGAAGUGUGGAGGAGCAGGAAGGGGGCAAAUGCUCUGAAACUUAUGUAGCCAUCAGAAGUGCCUUGGCCUCCAUCCUGCGUGCCUGGCUGGACCAGUGCCCCGAAGACUUCCAGGAGCCCCCCGACUACCCCUGCCUCCACCGGCUGACUGACUACCUGCGCAGGGCCCUGCCGUUGUCCGAGGCCCUGAGACGGGCGGAGGGUCUGCUUGAGCAUCUGCAGAGUCAGAACAGCAUGGAGGACCCUGAUGUUGGUUUCCACGGCAACAGCUCUUUCUGUCUGGGGGAAGAGGAGGAAGUGGAGAUCGAGGUCCAGGAGGACUUCCUGUCGUUCGAGUCCGACCUGGUGGCCGAGCAGCUAACAUACAUGGACGCGCUGCUGUUUAAAAAGGUAGUGCCCCACCACUGCCUGGGCUCCAUCUGGUCUCAGAGGGAUAAGAAGCACAACAAGCACAGCGCCCCCACCGUGCGCGCCACCAUCACUCAGUUCAACGCUGUGGCGGCCUGCGUGGUCAGCACGGUGCUGAAACACAGACAGAUCAGACCUCAUGUCAGAGCGCGGGUCAUCCAGCGCUGGAUAGACAUCGCUCAGGAGUGUCGAAUACGCAAAAACUUCUCGUCUCUGAGAGCCAUCGUAUCUGCGCUCCAGUCCAACCCUCUGUACAGGCUCAAGAGGGCAUGGGCCUGUGUGCACAAAGACAGCAUGCAGACAUUUGAGGAACUCUCAGACAUUUUCUCUGAUCACAACAACUACCUGACCAGCAGGGAGCUCCUCAUGAGGGAAGGCACUUCAAAGUUUGCCAGUUUGGAGAGUUGUGCCAAGGAGCAUCAGAAACGCACCCACAAGAGACUGCUGCUGCAGAAGGAAAUGGGAGCCAUGCAAGGAACAAUACCUUACUUGGGGACCUUUCUAACCGACCUCACCAUGCUGGAUACAGCCCUGCCUGACAUAGUAGAGGGUGGUCUGAACAACUUUGAGAAGAGACGAAGGGAGUUUGAGAUGAUCGCUCAGAUCAAGCUGCUCCAGUCGGCCUGCAACAGCUACUGUCUGACUCCAGAGAAGACCUUCCUCCGCUGGUUUAAGAGCCAGGUGCUGCUCAGUGAAGAAGAGAGCUAUUCCUUGUCCUGUGCGAUCGAAGGUCUUGGCGACAGCAGUCCAACUUUGCCCAAACCGAGAAAAAGCAUGGUGAAGAGACUCAGCCUGCUGUUUCUUGGUACAGACAACAGUUCAGCCAGCUCUCCGGUCAGAGAGACGCCUCGCUCGCCCCCUACUGGCAGCUCAGGGGAGAGCAUGGACUCAGUCAGUGUUUCCUCCAGUGACUCCAGCAGCCCCUCAGACAGUGAGGGUCUCACCCCCACACACUCCUCAGACUCCCAGCAAAACAAGCUCUCAGAAUCCUCCUCCUGUAAUUCUCUCCACUCCAUGGACACCAGCUCGUCGACAGCCAGCGUCUCCAUGACUCCUGCCUCCCCCCCCCUCCCCGGGCCCCCCUGCACCCACAGACGCUCCCUCUCCCUCACCCCCAUGUCCCCCAGCUCCCUGAUGCACAGCCCAGUCUACAACACCCAGGCCCAGGACGCGUGCAUCAUCAGAGUCAGCCUGGAGCAGGGCAACGGGAAUCUCUACAAGAGCAUUCUGUUGACCAGUCAAGACAAGACUCCGGCGGUGAUUUCUAGAGCCAUGGCUAAGCACAACCUGGAGGUGGAGCCAGAGGAGGGAUACGAGCUGGUGCAAGUCAUCUCUGAGGAGAGAGAACUGGUGAUCCCAGACAACGCCAACGUCUUUUACGCCAUGAACACCUCGGCUAACUUUGACUUCCUGCUGCGGGUGCGAGGCUCUGCGGGGCGGGCGGUCCAGCUGCGGAGCCGCUGCAGCUCCACCCUGCCCCGCGCUCAGCACCGCUCCACCCUCUCACUGAGACUCAGCAAGGUCACACUGUGACCCCUAUCAGCAGGGGGGGGUCCGGUGCUUCGCCCUGACACCACUAAUCCAGGACAUACAGGGCGAUGAGGUGAACUGUUUGGGUUUUAGAGGCUGGAUGGAUGAAUGGAUGGGCUCUGAAGAUGGGUCGCUAUGAGUUUUCAGACCCUCAAAGAGCUCCACUUUGACUCUUAUCAUGAACUGUGCCAUCCCUUCUUUUCCCAGCCUUAUUACGGAACAUGGAUCUGUAUCGUGACUGCUGUGCCAGUGAGACUUUUUACUAGUCAUGUCAGAGUGAAACAGCGACCCCUAGUGGCUUUGGCUCUUUACAACAACAGGUUUUUGCACAUGCAAUGGGAGCAGCCAAACUCCUGACCUCCAACAGUAUUCUGAUAUUGAAUGAACUUCAUUUUAUCCUGUGUAGCUGAAGAUUAACAUAUAAAAGUGUGAUGAAUGCAGAAGGAGAAGACAGAUGGUGGAAUGGACGGAGAAGUGUCCAGUCCUGUUGCCUUAAUCGAUGAAUGAAUGGACCUGAUAGUAUUCUGAAUGACAUUAAUUGAUAAUUAAUUAAUUGAUUGACAGGACUUGUGAUGUCGUUUUCUUACCUAGUCACGCAUGUCUGACUUGUGCACAGUGUGCACUGUGUGUGAGUGUUUAGCCCCUCUCAUAUUGUGAGCUGUGUGACGAAUGUUUCCUGCAUUCUGAUUGGUUCCCUUACUUGGUUUUAACAAGUCUUGUGCAACCAUUGAAAUGGCCUUACCUGCUCUGUCUUUAGGGUGCAGAGAUUAAAUGUGUGCUGCUUUCUAAUCAGGAAACCUGUUCCUUCAUAUCCUCACAUAUCUAGACACGUAAAGAUAACAGAUGUGUAAGAACGGAGAGGAGGGAACUGACUUCCUGGAUUAGAAAACACCAUGCAAAUGUUCUGAAGCUGAUGCAUACUUGUACCUCUUUGCCCUUCAUUAUAUGAACUAUAGAGAUGCACUUGUCAGUUGAUAGAAGAAGCCAAUGUGAUGUGAAUACAGAAGAGUGAACAAGCCGCUCCGUACGUGGUUUUCUUCCUCUUCACUAAAUGAAUUAUUGUUUGUAAUUUUUGCUUUUUAUAUGUUUUUAUAACAAAAUGUAGGCCAGAAAUGUAUGCCGGAUUGGAGAGUGAUGAAGUAAAUGUUUCAUGAAUUCAAAAGGGUCUCGUGAAAAAAAAAGCCAGUGCCAGAUUUGACUGUGAUACAUGUGGAAAUCUUUCCUGAAGGACACUUCAAUUCACCACACAGAGGAAUCCUCUUCACACAGUAAACCUCCAUCUGUUUCCAACACCAUCAAAGUUUCACAUCACCAACACCCGUGUCAUUACAGCGACCCAUUCACAGAUUAACUGUUUUAUUAUGAAUCCACCCUUGCAUAUCUCACAAUGUCUUUGUAUCGUGCCAAUUGGUGCAGCCAGUUUAUAUUGGGAGGACUGGUUCACUGUUGUGUUAAUGGCCCAAAUAUUUGUCUCCACGCAGCACUUCAUUUUAAAAUGUCCUCAUUAAAUCACCCUCAGCCCCUGUGUUCUUCACUGCCAAAGACUCUUUCUCUACCUGAAUAAAUAAAUUAUUAUCAAUAUGUU